UUCUACCUGACGCAUAGCUGGCUGCUGUGGGAGAAGCAGAGCCCAGGUUUCGGGCACACUGGGUGCCAGUAGGUGGGGGGUGCAUCAUCUCUGUAUAUGCUCUGCUGUGUAUGGUGGGACAGGAAAUCCACGUCUCAGUUGUGGCUGGUUAUCGCCACUCUUGGUGGUCACAUGACCACCUCACAGGAGUGCAGUCAGUAUUGUAAUGUGAAAGUCAUGCUAAGUUGAGACAGUCCUUCAUCUGCUGCAGCUUUUGCACAACUUGGAGUUGCAGUGGUGACCCCAUCAGCUCCAGCACUGCUGCUACAGCCUGGUAGCCGGGCACUGUAUACACGCGUGACCAGUGCAGCCAGUCACUGGCCUCAGCAGUCAUGUGGGGUAUACGAGUGCAUCAUGGUGGCACUGGAGCGGAGGUGCUUUGAACUGGCUUCUGACAGAACUCCCCAUUUGCCAUUAGUCGUCAAGAUGGAGGACCACCCAAAAUCUGGAGAUGAAUCCUGCAGGUCGAAUACACCAGAGACCUCUCCAACGUCGCCUAGCCCUCAGUCUUCAACCAUUAAAGAAGAGGACUCCUGCAGUGAUGAGCAGGCAGCAUGUCGGGGUGACGUGUCAACACAGACGGAGCUCAUCUUCAUUAAGAAGCAAGUGAAGGAGGAGGAACUUGACGAAAUACCCAUCAAUGGCAACACAGGAAAUAAUUGGCUGGGAUACCAAACUGGUAUCUUACCUGAUGACAAAGAAGCUGUCACCCAAAAAGUGUACCGUCCACCAGCAAAGCCCAGGGAGAAGAACUGGGAAACGGAUGAAUACGGACAAUCUACAGCCACAGCUAAACAAUUUAUCUGUACAGAGUGUGGGAAAGGGUUCAGCCUCUAUUCUUAUCUCACCAAACAUCAGAGGUCUCAUUCGGGAGAGAAACCAUAUUCCUGCACCCUGUGUGGUAAAUGUUUUGCUUACAAACCAAGUCUUGUUACUCAUCAAAGGGUUCACACAGGGGAAAAGCCUUUUUCUUGUACUGAAUGUGGAAAACUCUUUGUCAGUAAGUUCAACCUCAAAGCACAUGAGAAGGUUCACACGGGGGAGAAGCCGGUGGAAUGUCCAGCCUGCGGAAGAUGUUUUAGCAAUAAUCCAGCCCUUGUUAAACAUCUGAGGAUACACACGGGGGAGAAGCCGUUCACUUGUACAGAAUGUGGUAAAGUCUUUUCCAGUCGGUCAUGUCUCAAUGCACACCUGGUUCUCCACACGGGAGAAAGGCCGUAUGUCUGUGGGGAAUGUGGGAAAGCCUUUGCCAACCAGUCCAACCUUAUAUCACAUCGAAUAAUACACACAGGACAAAAACCGUAUGUAUGCCCGGUGUGCGGGCGGGGUUUUGCCAACCAAUCCAAUCUUGCAAAACACAAGUUAACGCACACUGAUGACAAGCCAUUUGUGUGUAUAGAAUGUGGCAAUGUUUUCUCCAGAAAAGAUGGCCUUUCAAAACAUUACGAAAGAAUACACAAAAAAAAAUUAGAAUUUUGCCGAGGGAACGGAGACGUUAGCAUACGGAGAUCACAGGACCUGAUGGUGAUGGAGGAACUUCAGGAGUCAGUGGAUGUGUCCCGAAAAAAGUGUCUUGUGUCUGAAGGUCCACAGAAAAACAAUCACGCGCCAGAGGAGUGUAGAAAUAUGGCAGAUGAGGAUGAGAUUGGUCUUCAGAAGUGUAAGGAGCCUAUGCAGAUCAAGCCAAAUGCAUCUGGUACGAUAAGAACACCAGAGAGGCCACCCUGUCCUAAAAAGACACCAAGGAUGAGAAAACCUAUCAAGUCUGAAAUUCUGAGGUUUGGGAAAGUGGAGAGGAGACUGGAAGUCAAACAAGAGGGCAAUUGUAUGGGUGAUGAACGUUUCUGCAAGGAGAAGAGGCCAUCGCAUAUUAGCACAGAUGGAUACAGUAAAAAGAAUGCAUCAGAGAGAUGUCCACAGGAUCCUGGAGAGGUCAAUCGCAGUAUCCCACAGGAUGAUGAGGCUCUAAACCUGGCUUCUUAUAAAAAGAAUAUUCUGCAAUCAAAGUUGAAAAACAGCGCUUUCCAUCCAGAUGGAGCCAGUAGCAGAAGUAGACCUGAUUCUGAUGAUUCAGAAGAUUACAGUACCACGCAAGACUACCAGGCAGAUUGCUUAGAUGUUGGGACAGAUGAUGCUACAUCCCAAAGCGACAGCGAGGAAGAGAUGUACCUGACAGCUGACCAGAGGGUUAAAGAGGAAGAUGCCAACGAAGGCGACUACAACACAGGUUAUGAAAUCAGUUAUGACUACAGUGAAAAUCUGUAUCUCUCGGCCACAACGUCCAGCGCUGCAAACCUCAAACCAGAUUGUGACAAGAUCCCUGGGGCUUACGAUCCGACUGUUGUGGAGGAGAAACAAUUUAUAUGUACAGAGUGUGGGAAAAGUUUUAGCCUUUAUUCUUACCUCACCAAGCAUCAGAGGUCUCAUUCAGGGGAGAAGCCAUUUUCCUGCAAUGAAUGUGGCAAAUGUUUUACCUAUAAGCCAAGCCUCAUCAGUCAUCAAAGGGUUCAUACUGGGGAAAAACCAUUCUCUUGCACUGAAUGUGGGAAACUGUUUUCCAGUAAAUUUAAUUUGAAAAUGCAUGAGAAAAUCCACACAGGAGAUAAGCCAGUUGUCUGCCCAGCCUGCGGGAAGUGUUUUAGCAAUAAUCCAGCUCUUGUGAAGCAUUUGAGAAUUCAUACGGGGGAAAAACCAUUCUCCUGUCCAGAGUGUGGCAAGUUUUUCUCGAGCAAGUCUGGUCUUAAUGCCCACCUCAUAAUCCACACAGGUGAGAAACCAUACAUGUGUUCAGAAUGUGGAAAAUCCUUUGCCAACCAUUCCAAUCUUAUUUCACAUCGGAUAAUCCACACAGGAGAGAAGCCAUAUGUAUGCCCCGAGUGUGGCAAAGGUUUUGCCAACCAGUCCAACCUUGCGAAACACAAAGUGAUUCACACCGAGGAAAAACCAUUUCUGUGUAUGGAGUGCGGAAAGUUUUUUACCCGGAAGGGGAGUCUUGAUAAACAUCGAAUGAGGAUCCAUGAAAAGAUGAAAUUAGUAUAAUUCAAAUUCUAACUGACUAAAAUUUAGUUCCACCAGGAACACAAAACCCCCACUUGUGUUUUGUCUAGCUUUUCAGGAGUUCCACCACAAUCAAACAAACCAAGUAUGAUGGACAGUUAUGAAAAUAUUCACCCCUUAUUCUUAUCAAUAGGGGAUAGUAUGCCAGAACAACCACUGAAGGGCCUUAGCAAAUAACUAUUUUGCAAAUUAAAAAUAUGUUUAGAGCAACUGCCAUUAAGUACAUUAAAUGAAUUACUCUUCCAGAGCAACAAAGAGCAGAAGAGAAAACUCCUACUGGUGUAAAGAAGGCUAAACUCUGGUGCUUUAUCAUGAGAUUUCAUGGUAGUACUGUGCAAGAACAUGGGCACAGUGUAUUUUGACUAUGGGUUUUGCUUCACUGAGCAUAUCAGUUGUGGCUGGAAUUAUAUCUAAAGGGUGACAACCCCACUUGUUCAAGAAAAAAGACUGAGAGGAAGUCAGAAGCCCACCUUAUUACCAAUUAGUAAUAGACUGAUGAAUAAUGCAGGCUUGAUGAAAGGAUAUCUUCCUUCACGUGUCCCAAACUCUACUAGUUUCCAUUCCUAUCAAUGGGUUACUUUUUAAGAACACAAAUAGUGACUUUUUUGAGUAAUAAUUGGUAAAAAGAAAACUACAUCAGAGAUAUUCUGAAGUUAGAAUUUUUUGUUAUUAAAUUUAAUUUGCCACAGGGCAUAUAAAUGGCAACAGGCCCUUUCUGGGAGAGAAACUAAGGGUACUUUCACACUAGCGGCAGGACGGGUCCGAUAGGCUGUUCACCCUGUCGCAUCCGUUCUGACGCUAUUUCGCCGGACUGCCGCUCCGUUCCCAUUGACUAGAUCCGGUGGUGCACGGCUAAAGGCCGCCGGACUAAAAGUACUGCAUGUCCGACUUUUUCGCCGGACUGACGCUCCGUCCCCUGCUGCUAUUUCACCGGACUGCUGCUCCGUCCCCAUUGACUAUAAUGGAGGCGGAGCUCCGGCGGUGCACGGCUAAAGGCCGCUGGACUAAAAGUACUGCAUGUCCAACUUUUUAGUCCGGCGGCCUCUCGCCGCGUA